AUGUCCUGCUACAUCUACCAGCUGCCCGCCUGGGUGCUGGACGACCUGUGCCGCAACAUGGACACGCUCAGCGAGUGGGACUGGAUGCAGUUCGCCUCGUACGUGAUCACAGACCUGACGCAGCUGCGGAAGAUCAAGUCGAUGGAGCGGGUGCAGGGCGUGAGCAUCACGCGGGAGCUGCUGUGGUGGUGGGGCAUGCGGCAGGCCACCGUCCAGCAGCUGGUGGACCUCCUGUGUCGCCUGCAGCUCUACCGCGCAGCCCAGAUCGUUCUGAACUGGAAACCAGUUCCUGAAAUCAAGUCUUCUUUCCUAGACUUCCCGGAUGCUGCGAAGCCAGGAAGGCUGCUGGCAGCUUCUGUAAGAAAUGCUGAAGAUGAACAGGAAAAGGGGCUGUCCGUGAGGCCAGAUGCCUUUCCAAGUCCAGGGCCCGCUCCAGCCAGAGACAGCCUCCUGCCUCCUUCCACAGAUGCCCCUCAUUCCUUAAAAACCAAGUUGGUUGACUUUCCUGUUUCACCUGAUUCAAAGGACUUUAGCACCUCCCUUCCGAAGCAGGAAACACUUGUGAGCCAGGCUGAAGAUAGCCUUUUCUGGAGUGAGGCAGACGUGGUCCAGGCAACGGAUAACUUCAACCAAAACCACAAAAUCAGUGAGGGCAUCUUUGCUGACAUCUACAAAGGGCAAAGGCAUGGCAUGCCAUUCGUCUUCAAGAAGCUCAGAGAGGUGGCCUACUCAGGUCCAGGACUGGUCGAAAAAUUCUUCCAGGCAGAGGUACAAAUUUGUCAUAGAUGCUGCCACCCCAACAUCUUACCUCUGCUGGGCUUCUGCUCUGGAAAUCAGUUUUACAGCUUGAUCUACCCAUACAUGGCAAAUGGUUCUUUACAGGACAGACUCCAGGGUCAGGGAGGUGCAGACCCCCUCCUCUGGCCCCAGCGUGCCAGCAUCUGCUCUGGGCUGCUCCGAGCUGUGGGGCAUCUGCACGGCUUGGAGAUCAUCCACGGCAACGUCAAGAGCUCCAAUGUUUUGCUAGACCAAAACUUCACCCCCAAGCUGGCUCAUCCAAUGGCUCACCUGUGUCCUAACAACAAGAGGUCAAAAUAUACCAUGAUGAAGACUCACGUUUUCCAGGCCUCUGCUGCAUAUCUGCCGGAAGAUUUCAUCAGGGUGGGGCAGCUGACAAAACGAGUGGACAUCUUCAGCUGUGGAAUCGUGCUAGCUGAGAUCCUCACUGGCAUCCCUGCAAUGGAUAACAACCGAAGCCCCGUUUACCUGAAGGAUUUACUCCUCAGUGCAGUCCCCAGCAGCAGCCCCUCGCUGUGCGGCAGGAAGACCGGCGUGGAAACGGUGAUGGCUAAGGAGAUCUGCCAGAAGUACCUGGAGAAGGGAGCCGGGCGGCUGCUCGACGACUGCGCCGAGGCCUUGGCCAUGGCCGCCUGCCUCUGCCUGAGAAGGCGGAACGCCAGCUUGGCUGAGGUGUGUGGCUCUGUAGCGGCUGUGGAAGAGCAGCUCAGAGGUCAGGAGACGUUGCUCCCUUUGAGUGGGCUUUCUGAGGGCACAGGCUCCUCCUCCAAUACCCCAGAAGAAACAGACGACGUGGACAAUUCCAGCCUCGAGGCCUCCUCCUCCAUGAGGGUAGCACCCGGGGCUAGGGCUGCCGCCUCACUCCCUUCAACAGAGGAUGGAGAAGGCAGGCUGCAGGUGUGUGUCGGAGUGCUGGCAGACUCCUUCUCUGUGGCCUCUGCCAGGCCGGAGCCUCCCCAGGAUGCUACAGAGACUUCAUGGAGAAUCGAGAUCAAUGAGGCCAAAAAGAAACUGAUGGAGAAUAUCGUGUUCUACAAAGAAGGGAAACUGGACAGCAUUGAGCUUUUUGGCCCCUGAUGACCAGAGCACAGCUUAUCCUCGAUUGGAAAGACAAACACCAAAUCAAGAAAAAGAUCUGAGGCAGAAUCAUAAUCUCCCAGUAAAUACCAAACAUCAGCUUUCCUGGACCAGGGAGAGAAGGUUCCAUCUUGCCAGAGUGAAUUAGGGAAGAAGGGACCUCAGCUUUUCAAGACACAAAAAUCCAUGAAGUCAUCGUUCUUUCUGGGAUUUGUCAAUCAGAGCUGGGGAUCAAGAGACCGAAGUGGAAACCCUGGUCCAUAGGCCCAGGAUGUGGGCAGUUUUGU